AUGGCAUCUAAAAAGAGACAUAUGAUCCGUGGUGGAACAGAACAAGAAGAUGCCUCCAUCUUGAAACUUGGUGAUGAAUUUGAAAACGCUCAAUGUCUCUACAUUUCUGAAGUGCGUAUCAUUCUUGAAGCUCAACAAGACUCAAAAGAUAACGGUACAGACAACAGAGCUACAACAAGUGUCAUGUCAAAGACUUUAGAUUAUGUUCGCGCUUUUAGUCGAUUCAGCAAUAUUGAAUCUGUUCGUGAAGUUAGACAGGUUUUGGGCAAAGAAAAUUUAUCCCAAUUUGAAGUGGCCCAAAUUGCCAAUUUGUGUUGUGAAGAUGCUGAAGAAGCCAAGGCACUUAUUCCUAGGUAA